UUUCGCUCCACCGAAAUGCCGCUCCUCCCACCCCCCUCCACGGCCACGCUGCCCCACCUCCGCCUCCCGCUCCCGCUUCCCCACAGCCUCCGCCUCCUUCACCGUGCCUCCCGCCACCCGCGCCUCCUCCCCGCGCCGGCGGCCGCCUCUCUCCCCCCGCCGCCCCCCUAUGCGCUUCUCCCGAACCAGGCCACGGGCCUCGUCGCGGCUUCCCAGGCCAAUUUCAUGCGCGUCAUCGUCAGCUCCACCGCCCCGGGGCUCGAGCAACACCAAGGGACAGACCUUCUCUGCGUCGUCCGCGCGCUGCUCAAGAAGAUCCGCCGCCGCGUGCUCGUUGGGGACAGGGUGCUCGUCGGGGCCGUCGACUGGACCGACCGCCGCGGGAUGAUCGAGGACGUCUUUGAGCGCCGGAGCGAGGUGGUCGAUCCGCCGGUCGCCAACGUCGACCGUCUCGUUGUGCUCUUCUCGCUGGACCAGCCGCAGCCUGAGCCCGCCACGCUCACCAGGUUCCUCGUCGAGGCCGAGUCCACAGGGAUACCCUUCGUGCUUGCCUUCAACAAGGUCGAGCUCGCGGACGACCAGAUCAUCUCCUACUGGAGGGACAGGUUGAAGAACUGGGGCUAUGAUCCACUCUUUCUAAGUGUUGAUCAGAGAUCUGGAUUAUCUGCUCUUGAAGAGAUGCUGGAAGGACAGACAACUGUAGUUGUUGGUCCAAGCGGUGUUGGGAAGUCCAGUCUUAUUAAUGCCUUGAGAUGCAACCAAAACAUUUCAGAGGAAGAUCCAAUACAUCAACUUCUUGAACAGAAUAGUAAAUGGUUUGGUGAACAACGCGUUGGUCCUGUGUCCAAGAAAAGCGGCAAAGGAAAGCAUACCACACGUCAUGUUUCAUUACUUCCGAUAGUUGAUGGAGGUUUUCUUGCUGAUACUCCUGGAUUUAACCAGCCUAGCCUGAUGAAAGUGACCAAAAGGGGUCUUGCAGAAACUUUCCCUGAGAUAAGAAAGAUGCUAGAAGAAAAUGAGUCCUCCGGGUGCUUAUUUAAUGACUGUGUUCACCUUGGUGAACAUGGCUGUGUUGUCAAAGGUGACUGGGAAAGAUAUCCAUACUAUCUGCAGUUGCUUGAUGAGAUCAAAAUCAGAGAAUCCUUCCAGUUACGAACAUUUGGAACUAAAAGAGAAGGUGAUGUCAGGUAUAAAACAGGUGCCAUGGGUGUGAAGCAAGCGGAGCCUCGCCUUCAACUCAAAAAGCACAGGAGGGUGUCCAGGAAGAAGUUGAACCAAUCGAUUCUCGAUGAAAUGGAUUCUGAUAUGGAUGACCUCGAUGAUGACUACCAGUUCGGUGUAAGCCGACGUACUAGCAAACGGUGAAGCUGAUUCUUACCUGAUCUAACACACUCUAAACAUUACCAAGGAGGAACAACGGAUGAUGUACAUAACCGGCUCUCUACUGUCGCCGCCAUGUCUAAUUCUACCGACCAAGUUUUGAAAAUAGAAAUGUCUAGACGAGGAAACUACAGAAAUGUGCCCUAGAUGGUGAAGAUUGGCAUUACUUGUUUCCCCGUGACAACAUCGAGAAGAAGAAAGUAAGAUAACCAAAGAAGCAAAUUUACACAAUCUCACGCAGCGUUGUUCUGAACUUUCAUAAGGUGGUGUUGAUUGCUCUAUAAUCAAUUUUAUGAGGUAAAGCUGCAGGCUUGAGGCGUCGAUUUAGGUUUCUGAUGAGGCUCACAGUAGACCUUGACCAACAUUGGUAUACAUUAUCAAGUCGUAUUUUCAAAUUCCAAGUGUUUGGUUAAACCAAGAGGAAACUUCUUGGCAGCUUCGUAACCCAAGAAAACUAAACCCAGGGUGAUGUGUCAUAACAACAUUUAGAUUGAGAGGAAUGCCUGAUAAAGGAUGUAAGAUUAUGCAAAACAAACGUCCUGUAGGAUGCAGUCACGCAGAGCGGAAUAGAAGAAGCCCUUGGACCAA